AUGAGCUUGCCUUUGUCCUACCGAGCUAUCAGACAUGCACUUCCGGCCAAUUCAAUACGGGCAGUUUCUUGCAACAACUUCUCAAUCAGAAAUGCCUCUACCUCGGCCGUUCACGAAGGACUUUUUCGAUCUGAGAAAGCUCGGCCUCAGGGACCCCGGCCUGGCAGGCUCGCCCCUACAUCAGACAGCUCGAAGCGGUUGACAUAUGCCGAACGGAAAAAGAUGCGAGAGGAACUGGCGAAGCAAAGGCCGACUUUCAAGAUACGCAAAGGCAAGAAGGACAUUACUGAGUACCCCGACGAGGUCAAACCGCCGUCAAGAAAGGCCCGUUUCUAUGACCCGAACGACCCUUUUGGCAAGAAAAGUCUUGUGUACCAACUGAAGAGCGGCCUGCUGAGCGACCAGUUGAAGGAACUGCACAAGGAAAACCGGGCAGAGGAACGAUUAGACUCGACCUCCCAGUCCCGGUCCGGCUCCCGCCAGGGUCGGGGCGCCAGUCGGUCCGAUCGGAACAGCAGGGAUGCAAGAGGGUCUCGGCGAGAGGCGCACGAUGACAGCCCCAUGUCAGACGAUCAGUUCCGUGCAGCCAUGGGAAGCAGCCCGGCCGAGCAGCCAACACGGGCAGCACGGGCAGCACGGCCGACACGGACUGUCCAUCGUCAGCCCACUCCUGACAGAAACAGAGAGGCUCCUCUCUUCGACUUUGAUCGGGGUGAAUCCCGGGACAGAGCACCCCGAAGGACGCUCGAGCCCCUCUCCAUCCCCUACAGCACGGCAGCCUCCCAGUUCCUCUACGGCCGGUCCACGGUUGAGGCCGCCCUCCGCGCGUCCCGGCGCAAGCUGUACAAGCUCUACAUCUACGACGGCCCCAACCGGCGCAUCACCUCAGACAACGCGCUGAUCCAGACCCUAGCCAAGCGCAAGGGCGUUCCCGUCACCAUCUUGACCGACGACAAGGGCCUGCGGCUGAUGGACAAGAUGGCCGCCUCCCGGCCACACAACGGCUUCGUGCUCGAAGCCUCCCCCCUUCCGCAACCACCACUAGCAUCCCUCGGCCCGGUACCGGAGUCCGAGUCCGAGUACGCCUCCCGGCCGGGAUUUCCCAUCGUGCUAGGCCACCAGUCAGCCGAGGAAGCCGCCGUCAACGGGACACGGACCUUCAUCCCGUCCCCCAGCGCAACGCACAAACCGCUCGUCGUCGUGCUGGACCAGAUCCUCGACCCGGGCAACCUGGGCGCCAUCCUGCGCACCGUCAGCUUUUUGGGCGCCACGGCCGUGGCCAUCACGCGCCACGGCACGGCGUCAAUCACGCCCGUGGCGCUCAAGGCGUCGGCGGGUGCCGCUGAGGCGCUGGAUCUGUUUUUCAUUAAUUCCCUGCCCGAGUUCCUCGCCGCGUCGCGUGAAAAUGGUUGGGCCGUGUUUGCGGCUGUUGCUGAGGGCCCUAGGGGCUCUGGCGCUUCUGCGGCGAAGCAGCGCAGGUACAUGGACCUGCAUGGCCUGGAGGAGAUGGAUCCGCUGAAAAGGGAGCCCUGUGUUCUGCUGAUUGGGAAUGAAGGGGAGGGACUGAACAGGUUGGUGGUUAAGAAGGCGGAUUAUGAGGUCAAUAUCCCCAACCUGUCCGGGUCGACGGCUGUGGAUAGCUUGAAUGUCAGUGUUGCGGCUGGGCUGCUGUGCUCGGCGUUUCUGAAGGGGAUGGGGAGGGAGAGGUUCAAGUUGGGAGGGGUGGAAGGGGCUGUUAGUGCGAAAGGGGGGGAUGCGAUUUUGUGGUGA